AUGGAAAGGGUGCAACAGAAGAACAAAUCUGAAAAUAAAGAGCGCUUCGGGAGCCACGGCUUAAGGUGCAGACAUGGCAAGUCCAAGAAUCACAUCACGCACAACCAGUCCCGAAAAUGGCACAGCAAUGAUAUCAAGAAACCCCGAUCACAAAGAUACAAAUCUCUUAAGGGGGUGGACCCCAAGUUCCUGAGGAACAUGUGCUUUGCCAAGAGGCACAACAAGGGCCUAAAGAAGAUGCAGGCCAACAGUGUCAAGGCCAUAAGUGCAUGUGCCAAGACUAUCAAGGCCCCUGUAAAACCCAAGGAGGUUAAGCCCAAGAUCCCAAAGGGUGUCAGCCGCAAGCUCGAUCGAGUUGCCUACAUUGCCCACCCCAAGCUUGGGAAGCAUGCUCAUGCUCGCAUUGCCAAGGGGCUCCGGCUCUGCACACCAAAGGCCAAGGCCAAUAAUCAAACCAAGGUCCAGGCUGCAGCUCCAGCUUCAAUUCCAGCUCAGGCUCCCAAAGGUGCCCAGACCCCUACAAAGGCUACAGAGUAG